AUGGAAAAGAGUGACGGAGAGAUGAUGUCAUCAAAAAAGGCUUCUGUGGAGUACAUGGAUGCCCAACGGGGACGCGGCCUUGUGGCGAAGACGGAAUUCGGGGAAGGUGACACUAUUCUUCUUGUGCCGUAUGAUAUUGCCGUGCUGUAUAGUCCGUUUGUGCGCAACACAUGUUAUCGCUGUUUUGCGUCCGUGACGGAGCCUCAGAGAGUAGUAGGGGAGGAGGAGACACGACGAGGAGACGAAGAGAGUUGGGAAGAAAUCCGGUAUGAGUGUUCCUCCUGUAAGCAUCUCGUGUUGUGCUUUGGUUGCGUGAAGGAUUUAGUGGAGGAGGCGUGGCAGCGGUCAGAUGGGACGGCGCCCGCCAUGUCGUUGGAGGGAAAUGAGCGUGAGGCCGCCAUACUGCGAACGCAUCCCCUUCUUGAGGCACAUCAACUGGCUUGUGAGUGGUUUUGUACGCUUCCUGAUUCUGUGCGCGCGGGUGACACAGACUACUUGCGCUUUGCGUUGCAGUACGGCUCACGCGCACUUUUAGGAGACACCCCACUUUUGCAAGCCGUUGAAGGGUUGUGCAUGAAUACUUCCCAGCAGCUUGUGAAGGCGUAUCGGUUCUGUGAAUCCUUUGCGAAACUCGUUGUGGAUACGUUUUCUCCGCAGGGAUACGACGUCGACGUGGCGCGUCUUCGCGAUGUCCUUCUCCGUACCAAGAUCAACAGCAUUGGCUACCCUUUUAAUGAGAGCGAGACGCUCGGUUGGGCACUGCAGGGGGAACUUUGCAUGAUUAACCACAGUUGCGUCCCAAACGCGGCGGUGGUACGCCCAAAACAUCGAACAGCAGCGGGGGCGUGUUCGAUGGAACUUGUGGCGCGUCGCCCUAUCAAAACUGAGGAGGAAAUAACGAUUGCAUACAUUGACGUUGACAGUUACGCAGAUGAUGCAAAUGCAAGGCGCCAGCGUCUCCUGGAAGACUACGGAUUUCUCUGCCGCUGUAAAAAGUGCGUCUCCGCUACGAAAGCUACGAGUUCCAUGGCUUUACAUUAA